AUGUUCACGAACCAAAGAUUAGUGAUAAAGUCGGUACCAUUUCGCCAACCGAGUUCUGAGACAUCGGAUCCUCCGGGACAUAAACGGGUUGACACGAGCAUCGACACAUGUCACUCCCUAAUGGAAAAUGCAGUCAAGUGCGGGCAUGAUAACAAUGGUCACGACAUGUAUUUGGGUCGUGCCCACCACGAUGGUGAUAUUCUUCCUGCUAAAGUCAUACCCCAAAUAAGGGCCGCAUUUGUAUCUUACAACUGUGCCGAGAUACCUGUGUCGAGUUUUCAGAUGCUAGUCCGACCAAAAUAUCAUUGGAUAAAGUCUCGAAACGGGCAAGUUCCUCUCGAUGCUGUUGUGGCUGGGAGAACUUCUACAGGGGAAAAUUUAUAUGUUGCCAGGGUUUCGGCUAAUGGGGCUCUAACAGUAGGAAAG